UACCACUAAUUGAUGGGUUGGGCUUUUUAUGCCUUUACUCGUGGUAUCCCGCUAGUAGCUCGCGGAGAGUCUGGCACGGGCUAGCUACAGUAGUAAAUAGCAUGCGGGAGUCGAUACAUGCCCUUCGUUGUGACUUGUUGUGCCUUCAAGACAAACAGAGCGAACGGACGCGGUCGAGUGGUUGACUGUGGUGAACUAAUGGACCCAGAGAAUGGAGCAGUAAAUGUGACUAAUACAACAUUCAACUCAACAGCCACUUACUCCUGCAAUGGUGGCUAUAAUCUAGUGGGAGAUGCCACCAGAACAUGUUUGGCUAGUGCUAGCUGGUCUGGU